AACUUGUUCAAAAUUACAAAAAUGUAUUAAGAGAACACUUUCAAAACAAACAAAAAUAUUUUCAAAAUAUAAAUUUCUUUUAUAAAAAUUAAAUUCUUGUUUCUUUAAUUCCUUUUUUUUCCUAAAACACAUAAAAAAUUAUGUUACCAAAUCCCUUGCCUAGAAAAUUAACACAAAUUUCCGAACAAGCUUUAGCUCCUCAACAAGUUCCCUUAAUUUUAGGCCAAGAUUUAUUUUUGCUAACCCAACAAGAUGUACGCAAAAUAGAGGAUUCACGCUUAUUUAGUUUGAGCAAAUUAAUGCCUAAUGGUGAUUUAAAACUCAUAAAUUUACAAGAUCCUAACGAUUGGUUGCUGCAUUUAUUAAAUGGCGAAAAUUUGUUAAAUAAUCAUCAAUUCCUCCAAUUAUUAGAAUUUUUAAAUGCCAAAAGAAAAGUGAAUGAACAAUGUCAACAUUUGAUAACAGCGCCAUUUCAACAAUGUUGUACAGGCAUACCAUCUUGUCCACAACCUAUGGAGGUGUCUACGACUCAGUGCGAACACCCAGUGGUGGCUUCAAUUGAACAACAACUACAAUGGAAUAAAUGUGUCAAUACCUCAACGCCAUUUCCUAUGACCUACUCCCAAGGAACAUCAACCACGGAAAUUAACUGGCAACCUCUAGACGACAGAAAAAAAGAAAAUAUGCACAAGACCUGCUGUUGCUGCUGCUCUAAAAAUCUAUGUAAUAAAAAUACUAAUACCCAAGAACAACAAAAUGAAUGUUGUCCUAGAUCAGAAGAAAUAUUAGGAGCUAGAGAACAACUGAAAAGGAAAAAACUAAACUUUAACUUCAACUAUUUAACGUAAACUAAAUUAUAACAAGAGAAAAACGCAAUUUAUAAUUAAAAAUUUUAAAUUUAUAAAAAUUUCUAUACAGAAACAUUAGGGUAUUAUUAAAAAAUU